GAAAGAAACAGCAAGAUGUGUGAGCGCUCUGGUUCAAGUACUCUAGCACCCAUGACCCUAGAGGAGCCAGGGGUGGAACAAGCAUCUCCUCGAGCCCCGGGGCCUCUUCGAUGUGGCCCGUGUGCUGUGUGGCCUCGCCAGCAGACCUGGCUCUGUGCUGUCCCCCUGGUCAUGGGCUUUGUGGGACUAGGACUCAGUCUCAUGCUGCUAAAAUGGAUUGUGGUGGGCUCUGUCCAAGACUAUGUCCCUACUGAUCUUGUGGACCCCAAAGGUAGCAUUGGACAGGACCCAAUUUUUCUCUCCAAACCCAGUGCCAUGCCCAAGGGGCCUGACAUUUCCACAGCCACCACUACAUUAGCUGCACCCACAACGGUUAUGGUGUCUACAACCACGCCGCUCGCAGCGGCUGGUACAGCUCCGGCGCCAAGAACUCGAUCAAGUCCGCCAGCAAAUCAUUCAGCAAAUGGCAGCAAUGCCAGUGGAGACGGCAAUCGUGCCCCACACCUGCACAAUAGAGUUGGCACUCGAGUUAGCGGCACUGUGGUAACCACCUCUGCUACACGUGCCACCCGGCUCACUCCACCACCGAGCGUUAAAGAGGCCACCCCUCGCAGCACCAUCAGAAAAGGAAGCAGCACUGCCAAUGGACGUAAUGGAGCUGCCAACUCAAAGCCAGGACAGACGUCUCCCACUAUUAGCACCACAGCGUCCACCACAAGCACAGCCACUGCAAAGAGCACUCCUAAGGAGCAGCCAACAACCUCCCAGCCGGCUGCCCCGAUGAAGCCCACUUCACGAUGGAAUCAUGGGCGUCCGGGAAAGGGCCCAGCCACACGCCCACAACAUCGCUUCAGAACACCCCCGGCUCCAACACUUCCUAGUGUGCGUUCAGAGGUCUUCAAGCCAUGCGUGGAGGACAAGGACCUCGCCUUCUGUCUGAACGAAGGCGAAUGUUCCAUCAUCAACACUGUGGCUGGGGUUCACAGGCACUGCAGGUGUAAAGAGGGCUACCAUGGACUGCGCUGUGACCAGUUUGUACCCAAGACAGAUGCUAUCUUGUCUGAUCCAAUGGACGAGCUUGGGAUCGAGUUCAUGGAGAGCGGUGACACCUACCAGAGGCAGGUGCUGUCCAUCUUCAGCAUCGCCUCGGGGAUCUGUCUUCUUGGAGUGGCAUGCAUGGCUCUCUACCGCCGUAACAAAAGACACCGGGAGAAACUCCAGGCUCAUUUUUCUGAUAGUCGAAGUUUGAGAGACUGCAGCGUCAACGCCUCUGGCCUCAUGUCCAAAUCCACUCCCAGGAUUCAAUACAGCCUUCACGUCCAAAAAGGUUGCAGUUCCCCUGGAUCAUCUCUUAAGGCCAGCAGUGUGACGCCGGGCUCAUCCACGGCAGCCCCGCCUGCUCUCAGCAAAGCUCUGUCUAAAGGAAAAUGCUUCAGGAGCAGCUCCCUCUCACUCAGUCCAUCCCGUUCACGCAGGGAGACCAACCUGUUCAGAACUCCACCCGUCUCCAGAGGGAAACUCAAAAUAUCCAGCGGUCUCAUUGAGGGAACCAGAAUGGCUGGACACGUCUACAAACACUUACAGGAAGAUGAGUCAACAGACAUGGACUCCAUAAUAAGUUGUGACUCAUCCAGCAGACGGGUCGGCGCCCUCCUCAACAGGACCUCUCCUUCUAAAGCUACUGCCAGAAAAGGAUGGAUUGAGGUCCCUUGCACCCGCCUAGACAAAGGAUCAAAAUCCCCACCGCCAUCCCUGCGCACCUGCUCCGUGCCCAUCAUCCCAUCGCUCCAAGCAUGUGACCCCAAGGCGGCUGACCCCACUAACACGAGCGACCAGAACCAAGUGGGGUUUCUCAAGUGGCAACCUCCGCCAGCUGUAAACCCAAGACGGCGCAUUAGCGAUUCUCCGUCUCAGCGUGAGACUGUUGAGUUGGUGAACGGAGCUUCGCCCUCCAGCGCUGGCGCCCCACCGGAGAAGAACCUCACACAGGCGCCCUGCUCUGUCGAAGUUUCUGCAGAAAUUGUGCGAGACACAAAACCGAAAGGCUUUUCAAGCCACAAAAACACAUCUGGAUUUCACAGCAAGGUCCAUCACGGUGGCACAAACACUCUCGAAGGUGAGACUGUGCAGGAGUCGGAGGGGAAACUCAUCCGAUAUUCAGCUGAAGCUCUGCACACCAGAGGUCUGAAGGCAGCGGGCCAAAAAGAAGUCCAGGGACAGUUCCAAGGUCAGGCAUCUCUCGCAAACGGAGGCGCAAACUGCUUCCUGGCUGCCCAAGGCCCCAGCUGCAGAGGUACUGGAAACACUUCUGCCAAGCCCUCUGCGAGCUGAUUGGAUUAACUCUGUGAAGCUUCAAAGACACCGUUUCUAAUAACUGGAUACCUUCACAUGUGGCUCCGAAUGGUUUGGCGGUGGGACCAUCUGUGUGGCCGCGUGGACCAAUAACAGAAGGGUAUCGAUUUUUGAAGGAGGAUUAUCAGAUUGAAUUGCAGAGACGAAGGAGGGGACAAAAAAAGCUUGACGCAAAAGACAUUAAAUCACAAACAGACAAACAAACACACAUUGUGAAUAAAUGUGACUCAAUAAGGAAAACGAAC